UAACACAACCCGUCUCACCCCCUCACCCUCUCUCCUACGCACUCACAGCCGCCGCCCCCAACCAUCUCCCUCGCUCCGAUCUCGAUCCGCCGCCGCCGCCCCCCAACCUAGCCCCACCGCCACCGUCGACGACCCUCACCGUAGAGGAGGUCGAGGCUGACCCAAGAUCGAGCCCAUGCCCAGACUCACGAGUGAAGCCCCGCGGAGCUGCCCACAAACUGCUCCUCUUCCCCAACCCCCGAUUCCUCUCCAAUCUGUGCUGUCGCCGUCGAUCCCCACCCCCCUCGGCGACCUCGUCUCCCCGUCCCCCCCAUCCCCACCCCCACCGCCGACCGACCUCCCUCCUCAUCUCGUCCAUCCACCCAUGGAAACCCCCUCUUCCACAGAUCCACCCACCCACGCCCACCAGUUCUGGCGAUGGAUGGGGCGCACCAGUUCUAGCGAUGGAUGGGGCGCACCAGUUCUGGCGAUGGCAGCGCCGGACCCGCACCCACCUGUGCGAUGGAGGUCAGCCGCAUCAAGAUCCACCUGCGCGAUGGAGGCCGGCCGGAUCGGUGUGGCGCGGCACACCACACCGGAGCUUGAUGCUGUGCUGGUCGUCGACAACGACGCAACUCCGACGGGACCUAGACGCCCAAGAUCUGACCCCCCAUCCUUCCUUCCUUGUGUUCGCGGAACGACAACGGCAAGGGGACGACCGAUGUGCGUGGUGGACCAGGAGGUGGAGAACCGUCUCGCCCUCCUUGUUCACAUCACCUCCCUUUGCUUUCCCUUGGACACUUGGAGAGAGAGAAGGAAGAUGGCGGACGAGGGGAUGGCCAAUUGCAUCGACAUCAUCCUCGCCAUCAUCCUGCCGCCGCUCGGCGUCUUCCUCAAGUUCGCCUGUGGGUUGAGUUUCCCGAGCUUUGUCCCGGUCCCGUGCUAGCUGCAUGUUUAAACUUCACAAUCGAGUUCUGAAUCUGCUUGCUGCUCACCUUCUUCGGCUACCUCCCUGGCAUCAUCUACGCCGUCUGGGUCAUCACUAAGUAGGUGCCGGAGGGGCUCCUCACCUCUGGCUGCAUUCACCGAUGCGCCUUGGGGGAACUUGUCAUGUUUCCCGGUUAUUUUCUGUUCAGUACAGUCCUCUGCAGAAUUUACAAAAGCAAUUUUUACUGUAUGAAGAAACUAAACAGAUAUAGUCCGUCGUAUUCUUAACAACACAAAACGAUGCAUCUUCCAAGAAAAAGUAAUUUUGCAUAUCCAGAAGAGAAGCGCCCUGCAGCUUGUUGUUACUUCCAUCUCUGUUCCAAAAACAGAGGAACCAUCUUUUUUGGUUCAGAUAAUUGCGAGGAAAUUCCUGAACUGAUCCCUACUUCCUCUGGUUGUUGUUUGUGCCAGGUGACCCAAGGUUGCUGAAGAGGAGCCGCAGCCGCACAAGAGUAUCUGAAGAUGACUCCUCCGUUUCUAACCCAUCCCCUUCCUUCCACUGUUUUGGAUGAUGAACUUGAUCCUUCUUAAUUAAUUAAUUUCUCAUCAUGCUUAAUUAGCUGUAAAUGUGCCCCCUUAUGGAAGAAGAAGAAGAUAAUACAAAUGUAAUUUAAUUGGAUGGUCUCUUUCAUCGUGCUUAAUUAGCUGUAAAUGUGCCUCCCUUACUGAAGAAGAUAAGAAUCCAUAUGUGUUACGCAAAAUUAACUUUGUCAUCUUGUAAGCACUCUAGGCAGUGUCUAGAGGGUGAAAAUAUGAGAACAAAAAAAGAAUUACUUGAUUAAUUUAAAAUAUCCAUCCUUUACUCCGUCCAUGUCAUUGUUAUUUACCCCUGGGAGUAUUUUUAACUUGAAAAUCUCUGGUGAACUGCCAUUUCGAGUACAUUUUCUUGCUCUGUUAAUCUUUUUGGGUUACUCCAUCUUGCUUUGUUAAGUAAAAUUUGAUAUGUGGAGUAGCAGCAGUAAGCUAGACCCUCCAUCUUGCUCUGUACAUAGUCAAAGCUACUCCAAGUUAGCAGCAAUACUAUUAACUUCUCAAUUUGCUUGGAUUACAUUUAACUUCUAGUACUCCAGUACUCCAGUAAUUUUGCUUAGAGUAUUUAACAAGAUUGAACUGUACAUGUGUGGAGUAAUUUUGCUGGGAGUAUUUAACAAGAUUGAACAAGAUUUAACUUGUCAACAUUCAACAGUAUUUUCAGUAAGUAUUCUGAACAUGCUUCUAAAUAUUUCUAGAUUUUGAACAUGCAAGCAAAUCUGCAGGAGUAAACAAGUUCUUGCGGUAGAUAUUGCAAGUGUUUUAUCUAAACAUCUACUCUCACCGAAGAUAUUUCAAGUGGUCUGACCAGAUUUUCUCAGUUUGCAAGUUUACUUACUUUUCCAGUUAAUUAACUGGACAUCUUGGAGUAGUUAGAAAAUCAUGAAUUAUUUGCAGAAAACCAUAGAAGUAUUGUACUCCAGGGUGCAUUACUUACAUAAACUUGCUUGCAAGCUUAUUUUCUGACUCACAUAAAAAGCUUAGUUAACUUCUGUAGUACUUUGGGUAAAAAUGGAAUGGUUCCAUCCUGCACAACAUACUUUGAGUGAAUGUUGAGUACUGUAUGCACUUGUGUAAUAUAUGUUGGUUGAUGAAUGCCUGGGUGUGUCACUGCUUGUUCCAUGCUACAUUUAGGAAUUGUUCAUUUUUGUGUUAUGACAACUUCACCGCAUCCUGCCGAAACCUUUCUAAAAUCUUGCAGAUUCUAGUGCUACCACACAACUAGAUCAGUAUUUGAUUACUGUUACAAGUGGAGGUCUAAAUCAGCAGAGAACAGGGGUGAGAUGUACAUGUCCCAACCUCCUUCCCUCCCAUGUAUGAAUACGCUCUCAAGUAGUCAUUUUUGUGAAUGGGCAUAUGAUAAGAACUAAGAAUUCACCUUCACUAAUUGUCUAUGAUAUUUCAUCAGGAUCUAUAAGUACUUGAGGUACAUAUUGGCCGCACCACCAAUUUGUGUAGUUCUUGGGCCCUCUUGGUAGUGGGUUCUCAGUAGGACUAUAGAGUUGAUAGUAUGCUUCUAUGCAUCCCCAUUUAUGAGUUAUGCAGAAUAAGAAUUACAAUUUGCUGCAAUUCAGAUGUUUUGAAUUCUUCAAUCUUGAAUUGUUCAAUGAUGAUAGCUAUCUUGCACCGUACUAUAAAAUCAUGGAUCGGCAACUAGGUGAUUGUCAAUCCGUUCUUGCUAGAUGUGUUGUUGUUUUUCUUCUUCUAAGAUAAGAUGGUAGCAUCACAUGUCAUCCUAUCAUGUUCUACUAGUUCCUUAAGUGUAAGAUAAGAUGGUGGCAUCAGAUGUGUGUUCUGACUUGUGACUGCUUACUACAUGGAUACAUGCAGCUAGCUAGCAACCUAGCAGUACUAGUAAGAAUAUAUGUGACUAAUUCCCUCCCUAUACCUUGUGAUUGAUUCCAGGUAUAUACAGAUGCCAUCUUUGUCUGGCAACAUAUGCACCUGAUUACAUUCAGGUGCAUAUAGUAUACUUGAACAGUGUAAACAUAUACAUACUUCAAUUGCAUGCAUGCAUGUUUGCCGUUCCCUGAACUGUUUGACUGCUUUGCAUACGGCUUGUGUCUUGCUGCUCUCUGACCUGUUGUUCUGUCCAUAUGUUACUUGAUCAUUUGCAAAAUAUAUCUCGGUUUUCGCUGUAAUGAGAAUGUUAUAUGCAUGGUUUCCUGUUAAAUCUAAAGUUUUGCAGCAAAUUUUCAUCGUUAUGAGAAUUUGCAAAAUAUGGAUUCACUUGAUUAUGUUUCUAACUUUUCAUAAUUUAUUAUUUGCAGAUGCUGGCUUUCAUUCUUCCAAAGUUGGGUGUACAGGACCUCUAGGAAGAAGAAUCCUGAAGAAAAACCACACCCAGCAAUGCGUUAUAGCUCACUAGAGAUAGUUAUGCUUGCAGCUAGUUAUGUGUAUAUUUAGUUGUAUUUUAUAGCUGAAUACCAGAAUUGUAUUAUGCUUGGCUGUUGUAUGAAAUAUUAUGCCUUAUUGGCUCUUUUUGAAUCAAAUUAUCUAAUUGCACAAAUAUAGUA